AAUUACGCAAUUACGCAACCCCAACAUGUGGCUAACAAUCAAAUAUGAAUCGAUGAGGGCUGUCGCGUUUCUACAGCCACUGUCGGGGACAACUAUGAGGUAGUCUACGCCAGUCUACGAAGCCUCUCUAUUCCCCUCGGUACACAUUUACUGUGACUGGGACAGGGUUUGUGUCUCGUCACACCACGGCCUGGGGUGCUGUCUGCUGCAGGACGUGGGGCCGCGUGUCACAGUCAUUGUGCAAUCGAAGGGGUAUUACUGCAUGCUUAAGAAAUACAAAACACAGUUCACGUACCUUGUUACUGUGUGGCGUUAAGCUGGGUAAGGGACGGAUACUGACGCGACCAACGGCGACACUGCAUUCUGACUCAGCUUCCGGACAACAAUGUCAAGGACGGGUUUUUCCUUCUUUCUCAUUCGUUUUCAUUUCACACACUGGAUUCAAAGGGUGUCCGUGUUCUCAAAUGCUGAUCCAACAUAAGACAGCAGCACCUGGAUGCAGCCUUGCCACUCCAUUGAACCAUUUGUAAAGAUGAUGUUUAUUUUGAAAUUGUGUAUCCUGUUGUACGGUUGCGUUGUAGUGGGUGCAUACUAUUGUCCCCCAAACGCUCCUCUGGUCAUUGGAACCGGUCCUUUGGAAGGGUGUAUUAGUACACAGGAUUGUCUACGUAGAUCGUUUGUGGUGUAUGGAAAGACAUGCGUGCAUUCCUGUCCCCCCGGGACGCUUUACGAACAGGACACUUCCACAUGCUACAACACGUGUCCGGCACAUACGAUCAUGGUAGGAUCGCGUUGCUUGAAUGGGACAUACUGUGUGUCCCAUAACAACCAGGUCCUGUGAAAUGGCACCUGUGUGCCGUCCUGUCCUUCCUCCAUGCCUUUCAAGACAAAUGGGACUUGUUGUAAGGCAUGCCCAGUUGAAACUGUUAUGAACGGGUCCGAUUGUGUGUCUCCGUCAGACUGUAUAGAGAGGGGAUAUUUCAUAGACAACACGACAUGUGUUAAAGUUUGUCCUCCUGACAAGCAGUCUAUUCUACAAGGUGUCUGUCAUUCUUCAUGUCCACCUGACAAAUCUGUCACGGUAAAUGGAAACCAGUGUCUAUCAAAACAAGAGUGUACUCGCAGGCUGGGUCAAUUUAUAUACAACAAUACUUGUGUUCCUGUUUGUCCAGCUGCUGCUAUGUUCAGUGACCAGGGAUCAUGCACAGCACUGUGCCCAACUGGGAAAUGUGUUCUUGGAACUGAAUGCAUUUAUGCCUUUGAUCGCCAAAAUAUGGUUAGUUUCCGAAAUGAAUGUAUUGCCACUUGCCCUGCUGAAGCUCUGUAUGCAGUAGAUAGUAUCUGCUACUCUACAUGUCCUCCUAACACUGUGUUGAAUAAUAAAACAUGCAUAGGUUUGCAACAAUGCAUGGAUGCAUAUGGCCUUUAUAAAGUAAUCUUCAACAAUACCUGUGUUGAUGCCUGUCCACAAGCUGCACCUUUAAACCAUUACGGAAUGUGUGUAACAAUUUGUCCAGAUGAAACUGUAAUCGCUGACAUGCAGUGUGUUGACGCCUCUAUGUGUUUAGACAACAGUAGGUUUAUUUUCAACAGAACAUGUGUAUCUGAUUGUCCUAAUGCAGUGCCCUACAUAGCCAAUGGCCUCUGCCAGCCUGCCUGUCCAGAAGACUUUGUUGUAACUGCCCCAGAGAAAUUCCAGUGCAUUGGCGAAUCAGAAUGUAUAAAGAUGAAGAAAAUGGUGUCUGACGGAACGUGUGCAACAGCAUGUCCAAAAGAAUCCUCAUACAUCAGGUCAGGCCACUGCUACCAAACGUGCCCACAGAAAACUGUUGGUUUGCCUGAUAUGAACUGUGUAAGUUAUCAAGAGUGCAAGGGGCAAGGGAUGUUUGUUCAUGAAUCCAAAUGUCUUCAUGAAUGUCCAGUAACAUUUCGGUAUAAAUUACACAACACAUGCAUCUUGGAAUGUCCUUCAAACACAAGCGUAUUCCCAGACAACAAAUGUGUUUCUAUAUCCGACUGCUCAACGAUAACAGACGCGGUCAAAUACAAUGGAUCAUGUUUGCCACAUUGUCCUCCUUAUGUCCCAUAUAAACAUUCCGGAAACUGUCUGUCGCAGUGUCCGUCAGGGUUCUUCGCUAAAGGUUUUGACUGCCUUAAGAAUUACCAUUGCAAAAAUGUCUUAUACAACGGAUCAUGCUUUUCAUCUUGCCCCCAAGAGGCACCAAACAGAAAGGACAGCAACUGUUACGCUAUUUGUCCAUCAGACACCUACAUUUAUCAAGAAAAAUGCAUAGGUCAAUAUGAUUGUCAGGAGAAGAAGUUCUACAUCGCCGGUGGUAGUUGCGUGUCAACAUGCCCAGCUGGUAGUGCAGGUUUCACAGAUUACGUAUGUCACCCCUUGAUAUAUGUGUAUGACGCAAUUAAGGUUACGCCAUUUCUGAUGUUGAUGGUGCUGAUGUGUCUGUUCUUCAUGGUUUAUAAUCCUAAGAAAUCAAGGGAAAUGAAUGCACCACAAAAGCCUCAAAGAGAACAUCUUACUUGUGGAGAGUGUGACAUGCUGGAGUACGUGACAUUUGACAAUAUCACUAGACAACAGCAGGACAACGCUGAACUUCCGGAGGAAGAAAACAUGGACGUUAGUUCAGAUGAAGAGCUGCUCCCAAUGCAAGAACAGCGAAAUGCUGCUAUUCAGAAUGCAACAGCCUUGAGUCACAAUGGAGACAUUCUUGGCUUUGCGAACUGUUUCAAUAACGUGAUAAUCCAUCCAGGAAGAGACCACGACGAUGUGCUGCUGUUACAAGUUACAUCAGAAGACGCGCCUUUGAUCCAGCACAAUGAUGAUGCUUUCUUAUUUGGUGAUGGAUUAAAUUGAAUUGAUGAGAAUGUUAAAAGUCUAACUAACCAGACGGGACAUUUGAUUGGCAGCUAUCUGAAAAUAGCCACUUUCAUUCACCUUUUCGACCAAUGAUGGCGUGUGUCGUUAUUACUGUCAUAGCGACUUAUUUACGACACCCAUUGUCUGAAGAACAUUUAAUUGCAAAGGCUCAUUACCCGGGAGCCAUGACAUCUAUAUGCCUU